AUGCCAACAGAGCCACCAAUGUUAGUCGCUUCUUCCUCUUCGACCACAACCACAUCCACAAUGUCUUCGUCUUCUGUAGACUAUCUCAACGAGACAAUUGCCAAGGCAUCCUCUCUACCAGAAUCAUUUUAUCCCGAAUUCCUCCAGUACUCUAAAGAAACAUACGAACAAUCAACUGGAGGAGGACAGUCGAUGCAGCGUAAAAAACAACGUAAAGCCCAGUCCACAGGAGACUCCAAAGAAGAGUGCAUGGAAGAUUCUGAAAAUGAAGAAGACGAAGAGGACGGCGGAGACGGAUCUCAAAAAGGACCAUCUCCUAUCGAAAUAAGACGUCAAAUACACAUCCAGUCCGAACAAAAGCGUCGAGCCCAGAUUAAAGACGGAUUUGAAGAUCUUCGAAACGAGUUACCUGCCUGUUUAAACAAGAAGAUGAGCAAAGUGGCUCUUUUGCAUCGCACUGUCCAACACAUCCAGCAUCUCAAAGAUAAUCAAAUGUCCAUCUUGUCUGAUUUGGAACGCUUGGUGCACGAGAACGAACAAUUGCGCAAAUUCCAAGAAAACAUACUUCAAAAGCAAGCAAUGGAUAACAUGUAUUCCAUGAGCCAGAUGUAA